GGAGUGAAGACGAAUUUGAUGAAGCAGAACUGUGUUUCUCUAGCAACAUAGAGAUGAGUCUAUUUGAUGAUAUUUUGAAUUCUAAUGGACAACUAUGUUCUGAAGAAAGUAAUAGCUUAACUGAAUCUGAAGCUGAAACUGAUUUAACUGAUUCAGAAGAGGGAUUAUACCUCUUAAACAAAGGACAAAGUUUUGGUGAUUGGAAAGAGCAAAAAGCAAAUUGGACAAAAACAAUGGAAUACCUAGGCAUCGCGUUUACUACUGCUCCAAAGAGCGUCGCUAUGAAAUGGAAGAGUGAUAAUCAAGUACAUAUUUCAGGUAUAAUCGGCAAGCAUUCACAUCCAAUGAGUGAUAAUAUUCAAAUGACUGCACCUCAAUAUC